GCGACUUCUGCCUAUGAUUUACCCGUUUCCGUUUUAAUCUCACUUCACCAUCAGUUUCUUUCCCGGACUUUUCUGACUUUGACUCCCUUUCCAGUCUUUCAUUAAAAAUCACCUUUCUUCCCUCUCUCUGCAAGCCGUUCCUUUCCCUUUUGUGGGCAUCCUUCGAAUUUUCUAUUACGAUGUGCCAGGGGGUGGCCGGGUGCUCUGUUUUCGUGGGUUGUUUGGUGGUUGGUCUUCUUGUAGCCAAGCAAAUUCUGCUCUUUUCAUGGUCCAAAGCUAAGCAAUAAGCAUUUUUACCUCCUAUUUGAUUAAUAAAAAAACUCGAGUGAGGGCGAGUUGGUGUUUCUCUUAGCUGUAAAGAGAGGUCCACAAAUGGCGAUUCCUCCACGUCCCCCACCUCUCUACUCCCUUGGACCUUCGUCUGCUGCUGCUUCUUAUAUCUGUCGUCAAUGGUGUUUCCUGCAUUUUUUCCGCUUGCCCUUCUUGUUCCUUUUCUCUUUGCUUUCCCUGUUGGCAGCGGGCACCAUGAUGUAGAAGGAACCCAUUUAGUUGAUCUUUGUGGCAGGGGAUGGGAUCAACCAUGCUAGUUGGGUAGAAUUACUCCCCUUGUUUAUUGUUUGUCAACCUAAGUUGCCCAACUGCAACUGAGAUAGGAGAAGAAGGGUUUUGUUGGCUUUUGGGGAGAGCUUUUUGCUACAAUGGCAUCUGCUGGGAAAGUUACUGCCUUUCGCAGAGAGGGCAAUGAAUGGUUCUGCCAGUCUGGGUUGCCCAGCGAUAUAAUUGUUACUGUAGAUGGAGUUCAGUUCAAUCUUCAUAAGUUUCCACUAGUAUCUAAGUGUGGGAAGAUAUCUGAAAUCUGUGAGGCAUCUCCUGACAAGAAGACCUUGAUUACAGAACUCGAAGAAUUCCCUGGAGGUCCUGAUCCUUUCUUGAUCGCUGUGAAAUUUUGCUACGGCAUGCGAGUGGAACUGUCACCAAGAAACAUAGUAAUGAUCUACUGUGCAGCUGACUACCUACAAAUGACAGAAGAGCUUGGAGAAGGCAACUUACUAUCAAAAUCAGAGAACUUCCUUCACAAGAAUGUACUUCAGAACUGGAAAGACUGUAUAUUGGCUCUCCAAAGUUGCAAUCCAGUUUUGCCGAAUGCUGAGCAACUCGGAAUCAUAACCAAAUGCUUGAAUGCCAUAUCUCUGAUGGUUUCUACAGACCCUAGCUUGUUCGGAUGUCCCAUGAUGAUUUGCUUUUCUGAUGUGAAUCUGAAACCUGGGAAGAUCCGUUCGCUUGCUGAAGCUCUUCCAGAAUCCUCUAGACCGUUCCACGAUGGGCUGUACCGAGCAUUGGACAUAUAUUUCAAGGCGCACCCCUGGCUACCUGAGAGAGAAAAGGAGGAACUCUGCAACAUCAUCGACUACCAGAAACUCUCGAUCGAUGCCUGUUCUCAUGGUUCCCAGAACGAGCGGUUACCACAUAGGACAGUUCUUCAAGUGCUCUACUUUGAGCAGAUGCAGUUGAGAACAGCUCUUGCUGGGUGUCUCCAUGUCUUUGAUACAGAAAGCAGGCCAGAACCAGCAGGGCCAUUGCCGGGCCAGAUUGUACAGAGAGAUAUGUGUGUGACCGUGGUGAGAGAGAACCAGGUCCUGAAGGGAGACAUGGAGAACAUGAAGUCUAGAGUUGGGGAACUCGAGGAAGAGUUCAGCAGAAUAAAGCAAGGAAUGAGGAGAAGGUGACAAAAUCCCAGAGCUCUCUCAGUUCUCCUCGUUUGGCUGCCAGGAGAAUCGGAUGUAAAGUUACUCCCUCGAUCUUCAGAUGCACAGCCUCUUUGUGGUAAUAGCAGUGGACGUCUGGACGACACACGCCAAGAGCAUUGGUCGAGCAGCAACAACCACUUUCUCCCCAGGGUUCCGGACACAGGAAGAGCUUCUCCUUGGUCUGAAAGGAAGAAGUCCACUUGGUGGACUAUCCAAGUCCAAGGAGUCGCUGAAAAUUUUACAAGAAGAUUUCAUGUUAGAACGCAAUAUGCUCCAACCUAAAUCUGUAUUGUUAGAGCCAUGGAUGAUGGAAAAUAACAUUAGAUUUAGAAUGGAGCUACCACAGUUCACACUACACGCAUUUUGUAAACAUUUUUAGAAGGAAAAGCCAUAUAUGUAUGUCUUUAUCGUCAUUAUUUUCCUCGCGUUGUUCUUUCCCAG